AUGAAGUCUCUCAUCCAGAGACGAACGGAUCAAAACGCAUUGAGCGAGAUACAACGAAAUCAGCAGGACCAAGUUUCCUACCGAAUGGCACCUAUGCCUCGCGAUGGCUACCUCCCCCAGCAACAACACGCAAAGGAGGACCCUCGAGGCCGAUCUCCGACCAAGAAUGCAUUCACUACGCUGACCCGGAAGGCGAUGGCCAAUGGGGGCAAGUCGAGGGAGGUCUCGCCCACGAAGCCCAAAAAGAUCAAGUCUGGCACAAACCUCGCCGAUCUACUUACGAGACCCAAGUCUAUACGGAAUUUACACAAGCUCAUCAUCGACGAGGAUUCCCGCCAGACUAAGGACAAGGAGAACAGGUCCCCUGCGGAACAUAACAGAGCCCAAAACUCGUUCGUGCCUACGCCCAUAUACUCCCAAUUUUGCCGGGAUUCGGCGACGGGAACACCGGGAGGUACGCACGGGUCUCAGCACUCCAGUGAUACUGAGAAGAAACCAAGGCCCAGGUCCUUCCAUCCGCACUACAUGCCCAGUAAUGGCUCGUCGGACCACAUCGCAGGAACAGCCUCUCCGACCAAGACUUCGGGACAGACUUCGUCUUGGGAGAGGUCACCCACGAAGGGCCCCCGAUCCAGGCUUCAAACGGCUUUCGGCCACUCCCGAUCCAAGUCUUCGGAUGCCGCCUCAGCAGAGCCGUAUAUCAACCCCAAGGAUAUCGACUCGCACCUCGAAGCAAUGCUGAAUAGAAGGAACAUCCCCGAAAACCAGAGGUACAAGAUGAGGAAUCUUAACGACACGAUCAAGAUGGAGUUUAUCCGCCAGGACUGGGCUGAGAUGCAGGCUUCCAGAGUCGACAGUGCCAAGUCGAAUGGGCCCAGGACGAGCCCGGAGGCACCAUCUCCAACUGCUACCGGACUCGAUCAGGAGGAAGCCAAGCCCAAGCGAAACCGCGGAAAGAGCUUCACGUUAGCUCGCGGCAACAAGAAUUCAGGCUCGUCGGGAAAGAAGUCGAGGGUGGAGGGAACCCUUGGCCGUCAUUUCCGAACCAAGUCUACCGAGAGCAUUAGCAGCAGUGAUCGACCGCUAUCUGGUAUUUCUACUUCGUCUGGGAGCGGUAUCCUUUCUAAGAUCAAGCUCGGACAGGGCCCUGGAGAUUUCGUCUCCUACCUUAGAAAGGUCACUAAGCCCGAGUUAGUCGAGGUUGGCAAGUUGCACAAACUGCGGCUUCUCUUGAGAAACGAGACCGUUACCUGGACCGAAGACUUCAUCCAGCAAGGCGGAAUGAAGGAAAUUGUCGAUCUCCUGACCAGGAUCAUGGAAGUUGAGUGGAGGGAGGAGCACGAGGAUGCCCUUCUUCACGAGACCUUGCUCUGUCUCAAGGCCUUGUGCACCACGGCGUUGGCGCUUCAGUACUUGCAUUCCAUUCAGGCUUCGCUAUUCCCGAAGCUGCUCCAUAUGCUCUUCGAUCCCGAGAAGAAAGGUCCGAGCGAGUUUACAACCCGGAACAUCAUCAUUUCGAUCCUCUUCACGUACAUCGAGUCGGCGUCGGGACAUGAGAGGAUCUCCCGUGCUAAAACCGUCCUUGCGCAUCUCCACGAUCCGGAACCCCCCGAGGAAGAGCGACCCGUUCCGUUUGUGCUGGAAAUGCGACGUGACCGCCCCUAUCGUGUUUGGUGCAAAGAAGUCACCAACGUAACCAAAGAAGUUUUCUGGAUAUUCCUCCACCACCUCAACAUUAUCGCCCUCAACAAGCCCGACGAAGCCUCGGCCGUCCCCAACAAGCUCGACAACGAUGACCUCGCCUACAUCAGCCGUCACUUCCCCCAAGAACGGCCCCCCGUCCCUGCAGCUCCCUACGUCGGCGGAGUCGAGUGGGACGCCACCAACUACCUCGCCUCCCACCUCGACCUGAUGAACGCCAUCAUCGCCUGCACGCCCACCGCAACCGCCCGCAACGCCCUCCGCGCCGAGCUGCGCAUCUCAGGCUGGGAGCGCUGCCUUGGCGGCAGCCUGCGCCUCUGCAAGGAGAAGUUCUACGGCGCCGUGCAUGACGGCCUCAGGACCUGGGUCGCAGCCGCUGCCGAGGAUGGCUGGGACGUAAGGGACGUGCGCUACGGGCCGCCCGCCGAGGCCCCGCGGAGCCCCGUCAAGGGGGUUGCCGGGGGUGGUGCUGGUGGCAUGAAGAAGAAGAUUGAACCGCCUCCGAAAAUCGAGAUGCCUAAGCUCGACUUUGGGCUUGACGCUGGCUCGGGCCGCGUGGCGCCUGCUGCGAGUCGGGAGGGGGGUUUGUCGUGGCUGGACUAG